CCGGACUGCCGCUGUCCGCUCCUCCCAAAGCAGAGCCAAGACUUCUACACUGGGAACACCCCUGACAACCAUCAACAGCCCCGUGUGCCCCUGACGACCAUCAACAGCCCCGCGUGCCCCUGACAACCAUCAACAACUAACUGACGCUACGCCGAUACUAUGAUGACUCCAGCGCUGGUCUUGGUCUUGCUGGCUGUUCUAGGACAGAGCAGCGGCCAAUCAGAGCUUAAUAUUGCCAGAGGAGGAAAGGUGACUCAGUCCUCCCUGUAUGAGAAGGAGGUUCCUGAAAGGGCCAUUGAUGGAAAUCGUGCUAGCAACCUGGGACAGAGAUCCUGUAGCGUCACUAACAAUGAUCUGAAACCCUGGUGGAGACUGGACCUCCUGAAGACUCAUCAGAUCAACACUGUCACCAUCACCAACAGAGAAGAUUGUUGCCCCGAGAGAAUCAACGGUGCUGAGAUCCGCAUUGGAAAUUCCCUCCAUGACAACGGCAACAACAACCCCAGAUGUGCUGUUAUCUCGUCUAUGGAAGCCGGGAGCACCCAAACCUUUGAGUGUCAUGGCAUGGAAGGUCGUUUUGUCAACAUCGUGAUUCCUGGAAGACAAGAAUUCCUGACACUGUGCGAGGUGGAAGUCACUGGCCAGGCUUCAGGUAUCACUGCUCCAACUGAUACUAAUAUUGCCAGAGGUGGAAAGGUGACUCAGUCCUCACUGUAUGAGAAGGAGGUUCCUGAAAGGGCCAUUGAUGGAAGUCGUACUUGCGACCUGGGACAGGGAUCCUGCAGCGUUACUAACAAUGACCUGAAACCCUGGUGGAGACUGGACCUCCUGAAGACUCAUCAGAUCAACACUGUCACCAUCACCAACAGAGGAGAUUGUUGCCACGAGAGAAUCAACGGGGCUGAGAUCCGCAUUGGAAAUUCCCUCCAUGACAACGGCAACGAAAACCAAAGAUGUGCUGUUAUCUCGUCUAUGGCAGCCGGGAGCACCAAAACCUUUGUGUGUAAUGGCAUGGAAGGUCGUUUUGUCAACAUUGUGAUUCCUGGAAGAGAAGAAUUCCUGACCCUGUGCGAGGUGGAAGUCACUGGCCAUGCUUUAGGAAACACUGCUCCAACUGAUACUAAUAUUGCCAGAGGUGGAAAGGUGACUCAGUCCUCCCUGUAUGAGAACGAGGUUCCUGAAAGGGCCAUUGAUGGAAGUCGUGCUAGCAACCUGGGACAGGGAUCCUGUAGCGUCACUAACCCUGAUCUGAAACCCUGGUGGAGACUGGACCUCCUGAAGACUCAUCAGAUCAACACUGUCACCAUCACCAACAGAGGAGAUUGUUGCCACGAGAGAAUCAACGGGGCUGAGAUCCGCAUUGGAAAUUCCCUCCAUGAAAAUGGCAACCUUAACCCCAGAUGUGCUGUUAUCUCGUCUAUGACAGCCGGAAGCACCCAAACCUUUGAGUGUCAUGGCAUGAAAGGUCGCUAUGUCAACAUCGUGAUUCCUGGAAGAAAAGAGUUCCUGACCCUGUGCGAGGUGGAAGUCACUGGGGCCGUGUGAGAGGAAACUGAUUCUCAAAUAAUUUCUCGGUUUAUGUUCACUUAAUUUUAAUGCUAGUCCAUGCAGGUUAGCAUAUUUGUUGUGUUUUUGCUUUGCACACAGAGCAGAUUUUAGGUAAAAGACUUGGUAUUACACAUCAUAAGGUUAGGACAACCAUAUACUGAGGCUUUGUGUUAAACUGAUACCGAUGGUUGUUUUAUAUAUCAGUAAACAUACAAUAAAGGUUACUGUUCAAAUUUAAUUAGCGAAAGAAAUCUGCUCUAGUAAGUGAUCAUACCUUCUGCUCUGGGCCGUUAACGUGGCGAGAGAUGCAUUAUCAAACCGAACUGUGGGAAAAUAAAAAGCAACGGGUGAGAAAUGACAUACAGCGCACUGGUUGCAUUGUAUUUGUUGUAAUUCUUCUUGGGCUUGUUUCUGUCUGCUGGACUUACAUAUACUUG